AUGUUGCGCCAAGUAGCAGGGCGGCGUGCGCUGUCCAUGUGGCCUCGCAAGACCGCCGCCGCCAUAUCCUCCGGAGACCAGGUCGCUGUUCACAAGGUUCGAUUUCUGCCGCGACGUGACUACUUCAGAAAGUUCUUCGUAUACACGGCUACCGGCAUCGUGUGCUGGUAUACCUGGACAACAAUAGCCACCCUUCCGCUGAGACACUUGGACAUGAAAGAUUUACCUGAAAUCGAAGACAAAGAGGAAGACGAACCACUAUUCGUACCGUUUCCCUUCACCGACAAGCAAGUCCAGCCGCCACCAUAUGCUGGGAAAGAGGAGGAGUGGCAGAGCUUCGUGGCUUUCAACAACGACCGCGACCACAGGAACCGGGCUAAACACGACCUCGCCAUGUUGGUGAAGAAGACCGCUGAAAACAAUUCACAAAUCAAGCGGUGGGCCAAGAAGGACCUGGAGCUGACACUGGGGCCGAAUUGGUUGAUAAUAACGUACCCGGACAGGCCACCGCCAGAAUUCAUACGGACGGGCAUCGAAUUUAGCGACGAAGCCAUCUCGAUCAAGACUCAGAAGGUUGACACGAGAACCAAGACGUUGAUCGACCGCGUGCUGAAGCCGUAUCCCCUGGCAACCUCAUCAUACGCCUUCGUCAAGGCAUUCUUCAAGCAAAGCACCUCCGACGUCGUAAAGCUCUUCGGAUAUUCCGAAAAUAAUGACAUCUCCACAUCAAACCCCGACCCGGAUAUUGCGAAAACUCUCAAGCGGCUGGAGGCCAGGCAAAUUACCGAAGGCGGUGCUGCGACAAAUUCGUCAUCUGCUGCAGCCUCAACUACACCCAAGACCGAUCCGGAGGCGUCCUCUUCCCAGAAGUCUACCAUGCCUGAUUCGACGCCUGCCCGGGCGCCUGCUACCGCCAAAGAACCCGAUCAGUCGGGCCAGGAACAGGGCAAGAAGUCUCUCGUCAAAGAAUCCAUUCCGGGUUACACAGGACUUGCGAACAAGAGCCAAGGGCCUUGGGCCGCGUUUUCCCAGCAAUGGAGGCGUUCAUGGAGGCCACUCAGAUACUUCCCUCCGCGAGGAUGUGUCGCCAUCCACGGUAUGGUGGCUCUGGAGUCGCCCAAGGGCCGUAUUUACAUCGACGUCUCCGCAUGGUACAACCCCAUAAAGAAGGAAUUUCAUCAGGAGUCCAUGCAGCUGGGCUUGAAGGCCAUCAGCCCGACACAUCAAAGCCCAAGGCGCUAA